CCAUCACAAGUACAGCAGUAUAUCAGCCUGAGUAUUAUUGUUUACCACCCAUCACAAGUACAGUAGUAUAUCAGCAUGAGUAUUAUUGUUUGCCAGCCAUCACAAGUACAGCAGUAUAUCAGCCUGAGUAUUAUUGUUUACCAGCCAUCACAAGUACAGUAGUAUAUCAGCCUGAGUAUUAUUGUUACCAGCCAUCACAAGUACAGCAGUAUAUCAGCCUGAGUAUUAUUGUUUACCACCCAUCACAAGUACAGUAGUAUAUCAGCAUGAGUAUUAUUGUUUGCCAGCCAUCACAAGUACAGUAGUAUAUCAGCCUGAGUAUUAUUGUUUACUGUACAUCAGAGGAACUGUACAUAUAACAAUAGUGUACAGUAUAUAAUUUUUGUACACUUCCCUGUUGAGUGUUUUUAUAGUGUGUGUUGUAAGUCAUAAACAGUGUAUGUUAAUGACAUGUACAGUUAUAUGUGUAACUCAUUCUUUACACCAUUUUUCACAUUUAGUUCAAAGAGGUAUAGAGGAACCUUGUUAAUAAUGGUGUAGUCACAUCACAAACUGGAUCUUCCAUCACACUUACCUCCUCACUGUCCUCCCAUCUCAGCAUCAUUACAUCAGUGUCAGUAAAUCACAUUCACUAAUUGAUUUAUGUUUCAGUUUUAAUUGUCAAAUAUAAUUAACAGUAACAAGACAUUAAUAGUUCUUGUAGGAGGAAACAGUUUGCCAGUUAAGUGUCACUAAAACCUUUGAACACACAAUACACACAGUUUUAUAAUGGAAGGUCACUCAGAGGAACAGUCAGAGUCUCCCAGAGAAUUGUCUGUAAAAUCACAUCAAGUAACACAUGUGAAAGAUCAUACAGGAGAGAAGCCGUUUGAGUGUUCAGAAUGUUUUAAAGGCUUUUCACAAGAAAGUCACUUAAAAGCACAUAUGAGAAGUCAUACAAGAGAGAAACCAUAUGAGUGUACAGAAUGUUUUAAAAGGUUCUCGGUUAAAUCUUCACUCAAUAAUCAUAAGAGAGUUCAUACAGGAGAGAAACCUUAUCAGUGUUCAGAAUGUAUUAAAAGGUUCUCACAUAAAACUUCUCUCAUAAAUCAUGAGAGAAUUCAUACAGGAGAGAAACCUUUCCAGUGUUCAGAAUGUUUGAAAGGAUUUAAAAGACAAGGUGAUUUAGAGAGACAUGCUAGACUUCAUACAGGAGAGAAGCCAUUUGAGUGUUCAGAAUGUUCUAAAAGGUUCUCACAUAAAACUUCUCUUAUAAAUCAUGAGAGAGUUCAUACAGGAGAGAAACCUUAUCAGUGUUCACAAUGUAUUAAAAGUUUCUCACAGAAAUCUUCUCUCAUAAUUCAUCAGAGAGUUCAUACAGGAGAGAAACCUUAUCAGUGUACAAAAUGUUUUAAAGAUUUUUUACUUAAAUGUAACUUAACAACACAUAUGCGAACACAUUCAGGAGAUAAACCAUUUCAAUGUACAGAAUGUAUUAAAGGCUUCAAAAGACAAGAUGCUUUAGUGAGACAUAUGAGAAUUCAUACAGGAGAGAAACCUUAUCAGUGUUCUGAAUGUCAUCAAGGCUUUUCUAAAAGGUCUAACCUAGUAAGACACAAGAAAGUUCACUCAGAAAAACCUUUCCACUGUGUAAGAUGCAUGAAAGACUUUAAAGAGAAAGAGAGUUUAAUAUUACAUGUGGAGAGAUGUUACCAGACUGACCAAGUGGUCAACUCUCAUCAUUAUGAAGGUGAAAGUUGCCAGGAUUUGCACCAUGACUUGAGCUUGUCUUGCCAACCAACAGUGGAGAUGUGUGUUUCUGAAGGAGUGAAAAAGGAAACUAAUUAUGAUCCACUCUCAGUCAUUUGUGAGACAGAAGCUUCACCAGGGCCUGAGAUAAUUGACCAAUCUUCUUUAAAGAUGGAGUGCCUGGAAGAACUAGAAUUUGUUAAGGAAGAAUUCUGAAACUGUUACUGUUAUUGUUAGUCAUGGUAGACUCAACCUUGGUUGCUCUAAAAUCAAUCUUUACAAAAUUGUGAGAGAAAAUGGGACGUAACGGAUGAAAAUAUUAUGACGCUACUGAAACAACUGAGUGACAGUAUUCAUUCUGAAAUUCAUUUCCUCCUCCCCUCCCUUCCCCAGGAAUGUUAAUUUUUUUAGUGGCUGUACAUAUAUUAAUGAAUUAUUAUAACAUGAUAAGAUUAUAAUAAAAUAUUAAACCUUGUACAGUGUCUGGGAGUAAGGAGAAUUGAGUGGCGAGUGACAUGUUUAUUCUGUAGAGACUGGAAUACAACUGACACUCAUAAGUCAUAACAACUGCCCGUGGCUGCCAGGCACCUGUCGAACAUCUCCACUGUUGCAACACCUGCCACAGCUGCUACAACACUUGCCACCACCACUGCUCCAUUGGUGGCUCCUGGCCCCUCUGCCACACCUUCAGCUGCAUCUCAGGCAAGGAAUUGACAAGGUCCACAGGCCAAGCGACGUAAAGUUUUGGAUACAGUCCGACGCCUUGAUGCAACACAGCCGAAAGAGAAUCCCGGACAGGAGACGGCUGCUGUUACACCUGAGGCACGGCUGUAAGAGGGAUACAAGUCACAUGUGCCUCUGUGUCUUGGAUAUUGCUUCAUUCAGUACCACACUGAGUGCAGUCUCCUGCCAUAAAGAACAUCACACACACACACACAUAUUCGUACUUCCUAAGCUCACCUAUGCCUCCCCUGCCUGGUCUUCCUCCCUAAAUGCCACACAACAUAAACACCUAGAAAAA